GACACAACUUUUACAUAACAGUUUUUUUUUCACCUCCUCGCCAUGGUCCAUUGAGAAUAAUAUCGGUCCUUCCUGGACUAGGGCAUGAACGUGCAGAGUUGUCAGUCGUUUGCAGCGGAGGGGACGGACGUGAAUGGCAGCAGCUGGGGUGCAGACAUGCACCACGUAGAUGAGCUGAUACGCUUCGGACAGCCUGCUCUGUAUGGGGACGGAGAGUGAGAGCAUGCUGCAUCUCGCAGCAGAGGCUUUCAAGUCGAAAAACUUCGACCUGGCCGCGGACAUCUACGAGUGCCAGCUGGCGUGUCUCGGAGAUCCGCAGAGCCGGCGGGAGCUGAUGGUGAAGCGGGCUGACGCGCUCGCGUUCGGGGGGAAAUUCACGGAAGCGUUUGAUGUGUACCGGCAAGCCUCGGAGAUAGAGAGGCUGAGACCCACUCACCUGGCCAACCUCAUAGAGUACCUGUCGGGUACUAUACGGAGGCAAGACGAGGGUGAGAGGCAACGGGGCAACCCGUGUAGGGCAAAGGAGGCAGGUGCGACUGUAUGCCCGAGAGCGGGUGCCACAGGUUGCGGGUAUGAAGACUUCUCCUGCCGGAUAUGCCUGAGCUUUCUGUUCGAGCCGGUGACUCUGACGUGCGGUCACUGCUUUUGUAAAAAGUGUCUGGAGAGGGAGAGGAAAGAGAAAGAGCGACCGGUGGUGUGUAAGGAGUGUAAGAAUGUCUCAGCAGUGAGCGACAGCCUAGGUCUCAGGGUGAAUGUGGUCCUCAGCAACCUGCUGGCCAAGUGGUUCCCCACCCAGUACCAGGCCGGCCAGCUGAGGCGGGAGGGCAACGCACUGUACGCCGAGAAAAAGAUGGAAGCUGCCCUGGAGAAGUAUAACCAAGCAAUACUCGCAGCACCAACAGACCACAUACUGUUUAGUAACCGCUCCCAGAUCCACUCGAGCCUGAAACGACACGAAAAGGCUCUGAUGGACGCUGAGAUGGCCUGUAGACUGAUGCCUCACUGGUCCAAGGGUCACGUUCGCAAGGGUCAGGCCCUGGUGUCAUUGGGCAGGAGUGAGGAGGCUCUAAGAGAGUACCUAGUGUGUCUGUCCAUAGAGCCUGACUGUAAACUUGCUAAGACUGAGGCUUACAAGAUCCUGAGUGAUCUGCUGGCUCCAGUCAGAGAUCAGGUCCCUGAACACAUCUCUGACUACACCAAUAUACUGUCUUCCAGAGCACACAUCAAAAACAGCAUCAGUGCUCCCUUCCAUACCCUUAGUCCCGGAUCACUGUCUCCAGAGUCUUAUCUUACCUCGACUCUCUCUGCACCAGAGAGGUCACCAAAGGAGAAUCAAAGCAAAUGUCAGGGGAGGACAGAGGUCGGGAGGUUUGACCAGUGCUUUCUUACCAAACGGAAACGAAGGAUUUCAGAAGAGGAGGCAAAGGUGGAACUUCAGGGGAAGAACAACGAUCACAAGAGAUCCAAAUCUGAGCCAAACGAGGAGCCGGAAUAUUUGAGCUCUGUGGAUGACGACCUCUUUGACCCCGCAGAUCUGGAGUGUCCUCUUUGUAUGAGACUGUUCUAUGAACCAGUGACAACACCGUGUGGGCACACUUUCUGUCUUCAGUGUUUGGAGAGAUGUCUGGACCAUAACCCAAAGUGUCCCCUUUGUAAAGAGGAUAUGUCUGAGUAUCUGGUCCAGAGGAAAUACUGUAAGACGGUAAUAACUGAGAACCUGAUAUCGAAGUAUCUUCCCUCUGAGCUCAUGGAAAGACAGAAAAUCCACCUGGAGGAAAUGGCUGAGCUCUCCAAUCUUAACAAGAAUGUGCCUAUAUUCGUGUGCACCAUGGCCUUCCCUACUGUGCCAUGCCCUCUCCAUAUCUUCGAGCCCUGCUACAGACUGAUGAUUCGCCGAUGCAUGGAGACGGGUACCAACUGCUUUGGCAUGUGUCUGGGAGAUGACCUCAAAGGGUUUGCCGACUACGGGUGCCUACUGGAGAUCCGCGAUGUCAAGUUCUUCUCCGACGGCCGCUCGGUUGUGGACACGAUAGGCAAACGGAGGUUUAAAGUAAUUCAGCACAGCGAGAGGGAUGGCUACAACACAGCUGACAUAGAGUACCUGGAAGAUGUUAAGGUGGAGGGCGUAGCAGAGCGCGAGCUGCAGUGUCUGCAUGACGUGGUGUACGAGCAGGCCGUGUAUUGGGUCAACUCUCUGAAAGCUGAGCAGAAAGCUCGCAUUGAAGGCCACUUCGGACCAAUGCCUGACAAAGACUCUGAACUUCAGGCCAGCCCUAACGGUCCCUCGUGGUGUUGGUGGUUACUAGCAGUUCUUCCUUUAGAGGGCCGAGCUCAGCUACCGUUCCUCGCCCUCACGUCUCUGAGAAACCGUCUCAGCGGCAUCCGCAAGGUGCUGCUCUUCAUGUCGCAGAACAGGAGCCGGUGACGCGCGCGGCUGACCCUAAAGCAGCAGUUGACCUGCUGUUCUUCCUUUUUGAUGCACAAAGAACUGACGCUGAUGGCGUCGCACCUUCCCCGUUCCCUGCCGAUGUCAUCCAAGCAUCAACAGCAAACUUUAACUAAGCAACAGUUGAGAUAACGUGGAUCUGAAUGAAUAACAGACGCCUUCCGUCAUCACUUUCACAGAGCAGCAGUCCUGGCAGACCCACAAACUCGAGCUGUGUUCAGACAGAUCGGGGAGUCUGGCAUCACAAUUGUCUGUUUAAAACCAUCAGUCGUCACGCUGUUACAUUACUGUAUUUCGUUGAUCAUAUGCACAUGCUAGGUGUACUUUUUUGGUUUGUUUUUUUUGUGUAUAAGAAAAAGCUGCUGUGCUGCGAUCUCUUAAUCUGCCCAGAUUGCUACUCUCACCUUUCUGUCUGUCUGCCAUGUUUGCAGUUCUCUGCUCUUCCUUUUGCCACACUUUGCAGUUUGGUCAGAGCGUCUUCUAAAAAGAUUUGUCAGAAAAACCCAAUACGAGUGUCAUAUAUGUGCUUCCUGUCUGAACAUCGCCUACAGAGCAAAGACAAAUGAUCCUCCCAACGAAACAGCCUGCAAAUCAAAUCAUAGCUGGACAUGGCGAGUCAUUUAACCGACCAUGUUUGUCUUUAAGUGUACAAAUGAAGAAAGAUAAAACCUUAGUAUGAAUAUGAAAAAUGUACUCUCCCUACAUAAUAUACUCUGUUUACUUCAUCUACUCUCUUACCACCUUUAGUGUAUCUUGCAGUAAUUAGUCCAUCAGCUCUUCCGUCUUUCCUUCAUGGCUCCUCCCUUCUUCCUCUCUCAUUCAAACGAAUAACAAGAGAAUCAGCUUUUACGUUGGUGUGCUUUAAAAGCUUUUUGUUCUUGUUUUAUUCAUUUUUUUUGUAUGUUUUGACAUUGAUUUCCGUUAUUUAUUCAUAGUUUUUAUUUAUGCAUGCAGUGACGUUGUUUACAUUUCACAAAAAGAGAGCUGCUCACGUUCCAAAGUCCUCCUCUUUUUUUUUUCUUUUUAAAUUAAAUUUUUUAAAACUCCACCUUUACGCAGCUUUUACAAUCAAAAUGUGGCACCAACAUGAAGCUGGCACGCCCUCAAACCAAACCUUUUUCUAGAUGAUGGCUGGUGAUCCACAUUGAUUAUGUGUGUUGACUUGAACAUAUUUGGAUCCUCGUGCUGUGAGAAGCAUCAUUCAGCAUCAUGGACUCACUACCAACAAUAUUUGGAGUUUGAUGCCAUUAUCUGCUAAAUGUAUUUAUUCAGUAUUUAUUUGCACUUUUACAUCAAAUAAGGGAAACGAACAUUGCAGGCAGAAAAAAGCAAAGUUCUCUGUUUUUGUUUUUUUUUUUAAUUAGUUUUUUCUUUGGUAAAGGGUGACGCAACAAAACAAAACACAACUGAUGUUUUUUGUAAAGGCCGGUGCCUUCCAUCCGCACACAAAGACGAUGGUGUGGAUCCAGUUGUAUACCAUUUAAACCAGUUUUAAUGGAAAGUUGUUGCUUCCAAAUAAUAAAUUCACAGCAGCAUAAAAAAAACCCAACAAAGCAAAAAGCUUGUCUGGAAACCCGCCAUCAUAUUUUUGAGAAAAAAAGUUGUUUGAAAAACAAACGAACAUCGAGGCCUUGCUGAUGUCUGUGACGCGACUGUUUUUACACGGCAAAAGCCGGUCUCUGACAAACGCCGGAGACUGUUGAGCUUUGCCUUUAGGUUCUUUUGUUUUCUAUACGUGUGUUUUGAUUUCUACAUGUUUUUACGUUAGUUGUAUUUGAUGAUUUUCUUCACUCACCGAUGUUUCUGCGUUUCAUGUGUGAGAGCACUGGGAAGGCCUAAGCCCUGUCAUGAGGCUAAUACAACGUGGCUGAUAAAUAAUUUGUCGAUAAGGCGUUGAUACACUUGCAAUGUGACAGAGUCAAACAGCAAUAAUUGGCCGUGUAUUGUGUCUGGCAUUGUAAUAUGUUAUGUUUAAUUCUUACAGAAGACUGCCUGAACAGAUAUUUAUACAAACAGAUAUAACAUAUAGUCAUGUUAUAUGACUGACCCUCUGUUAUGAAUGGUAACUACUAAUAAAAAUGAUAGCUCAAACUGGACAGGAAAGGGAAUAGUCAUCAUAUAAUCAUGCAUUUGUGUGAAGGUGUCAUGCUUGAACCUUUUCACAUUAAUCAAUCUGGAAUAUUUAAGGGAAAUUUGCCACAUAUUCUAAAACAGCACGAGGAGCCAGUUCUUUAAAAAACAUUAAAACAAAAAUCACAGAAACAUAGACUUUGGUUUGAUAUCUCUGAACGGUCUCUCAUUCUGGCAGCAGUUUUAGUGCCUUAACUUUGAAUUCUUCCAUUUUUACUUAAACGCAGUGGCAACUAUGGUGAUGUGUUGUGCAAUAACCUGGGUCUCUCUUGAUAACAUAGCAUAUGUUGUUGCAAAUAUCACCCUGAAAACUGAAGUUUCACUUCGCAGUAAAACCUUCAACAGCUGGUGCAUUUAACUUGAAAUAACGCUAUGCACUGUGCUAAUUUAUUCCCAUACAAAGAACAAAGAAGACUGGCCAAGGCAGUUUGUAGCAUUACCUUGGGACGGUACACUGAGUAGGGCAAAUCUCUGUUGGUGUUUUUGGUCACUUAGCCUCUUCAGCAGGCUGCCCCACUGAUGGUAGCUGGAGGUCAAAAGCUCUGCAAACCAACCACUGGCUCCACGGCUGAUUUUUGGCAUCUAGUAGAACUUAGUGUGACGUAAUACCAACAUUUCUUGUCUGUCCAUACAAAAACCAACCAACUAGCAAUAACCACUAAUGUGGGCUAUGUUUCUAUUUUCUUUACAUACUUUGGCAAAUGUAUAUUUUGGCUUUCUUGCUGAGUGUUCAGUGAAACCAGACAAUUUCCUCUCGCAAUCGGCUAUUUAUAAAGUUAACAGUUAGCUUAGCAGUACACAAGCCCCCUCCCCCCCCCCUCCUGAUAUGCCUCACACUUUGUGUUAAACACACAUUUUAACAAUAAAUUGAGCAGUCCCUGAUUAAUUUAUUCCCACUAUUUACUUUUAUUCAAAUCUAAGAUGACCUGUUGCUAGCUUUAACUUUUAACGCACAAACAACAUUUCAAACGAGUCAUGACAAGAAAGCAAAUGUAAAAUAUAUUUAAAAAAUGUCUAAAUGAGGUUAACGUCAGUGAUAGGGUAAUUGUUGUGACUUAGCCAGUAGUAGCUAAAUGCUACAGCCCAAUUUAUUAUUUUUAAAGCACACAGCUUCCUCAUGGCUACAUUAACUUUAACUAGAGGUACUCAAAUUAUUACAAAUUUUUGUGGGUUUUGAAAUUGAAUGAUGGUUUUGUCACCAUGGAGAUUCUGUACGCUCAGUCAUUCACAGAAGCGAAAUGAGAAAAGAUGGAACAGCAGCGGUUACAUUGUCCUGUUGUCAGGGAUUGAAUCCUUAAAGGUCAAGAUGAGUUUAACUGUAUCACUUUGAUAUAUUGUAGCAAUCCAAAAACUGUGAUCAUACCAGUCAAAUAAAAACUUUUUUUUUACUAGUUUAGCAGAGCAGACAGGCCUAUCCUGUAUGCUCAGAAAUGGUUCUCAACAUGUAGAAGAAAAUACAAAUUUGGAUCUUCCAGCCAUCCAGCUAUGCAACAGCAACAGGAUGUGUUUAUUGCUCACUGAUUUCCUGACCUUUCAUAAUUCAAACACUAACUUAUUAAGGAAGUGUAACCGCCAUCCUAUUUGAGAACUUCCAGCAAGGCAGAAAAAUGCUUCCUAGUUUCUUAACAAUGUUGUUUCUUCCAUGUACAGUUGUGAGACUUUAAUCAGUAGUCUACUCUUUUUUUAUUUGUGCCCAUCAGUCUUCAGAUCAUGAAACAUGUUAGCUUACAAAGCUGUAAUAUCAAAGGUUUCUGUGUGAUGUAUUUGAAAAGUGGUUCCAAAUGUUUGGUCUGAUUUAAGUAGCAACUAAUUGGUCUUCCCUAAUGGAUCGAAAGCUUCUUGGAAAAAUACCUGGCUACUGAGGCUGUUUGUGAACUAAAGCACAGACGGUGUCCAGAAAAAAAGGGCAGGAAGGAAAUCAUUGUCUUGGUAUCCUGCCCUGUCUGUUGCUAACCUCAAGAAAUGUUCAAGCCCUCCUUCGCUUUUCAAAUGUACGAACAGACUUCAGUUACUUCAUGGCCUGCUUCUUUCAAAUGUUAUCAAACUAGAACUUCAUAACCUCUAAAUUUGUCCAGGUGAAGCAAGAUGAAUGUAUGUAUGUCUUGACAUUUCUUUGAUGUUUUCUGUUCACAUCAGUUACUGAUAGUAAAAAAGUAUGUAAUAAUUUGCAGAGGUACAGUCUGAAGCAGGAAGUCAUGAAUAAACUAAAAAAGAUUUUGUUCUUGAUUCUGAACAAACUCUGGUGAGGA